AUGCAGCUGCGCACUGGGCGCAUCGGCCUGGGUGCCUAUCUGGCUCGCAUCAACCGACGAGACUCGGCACGAUGCGACUGUGAUCUGGGUAACCAGACGGUGGCCCACGUCUUGCUCGAAUGUCCUCUGCACAUCGAGGAACGCGUUCGGAUGCGGAACGCUCUGUCCGGGCAAGGGAUCAGCUUUCGUCGGGACGACCUCCUGACGCGCCCCGAGGCGCGCGAGAUUGUUGCCGGCUUCAUGGUCGAAACAGGAAUUUUGACCCAAUUCCUAGGGACAGAUACUGCUGCGUUGGGGAUGGAAGCAGUAGAAGAGAAAUCAUGA